GCCGGUGGCACACUCAUGCUCUUGUCUGUCUACCGCAGGUUUGACAUCUACAGGAAGGUGCCCAAAGACCUGACACAGCCAACAUACACCGGCGCCAUUAUUUCCGUCUGCUGCUGCCUCUUCAUCCUCUUCCUCUUCCUCUCGGAACUGACGGGAUUCAUCACGACAGAAGUGGUGAACGAGCUGUAUGUUGAUGACCCAGAUAAGAACAGCGGAGGGAAAAUUGAUGUCAGCCUGAACAUCAGUUUACCCAAUUUGCACUGCGAAUUGGUCGGGUUGGACAUCCAGGAUGAGAUGGGCCGGCACGAGGUGGGCCACAUCGACAACUCCAUGAAGAUCCCGCUGAACAACGGGGCGGGCUGCCGCUUCGAGGGCCAGUUCAGCAUCAACAAGGUCCCCGGCAACUUCCACGUGUCCACACACAGCGCCACCGCCCAGCCGCAGAACCCAGACAUGACCCACGCCAUCCACAAGCUCUCCUUUGGGGACACGCUGCAGGUGCAGAAUGUCCAUGGUGCGUUCAAUGCUCUCGGGGGUGCAGACAGACUCAGCUCUAACCCUCUGGCCUCCCACGACUACAUCCUGAAGAUCGUGCCCACCGUGUAUGAAGACAAGAGUGGCAAGCAGCGGUACUCCUACCAGUAUACGGUGGCCAACAAGGAGUAUGUCGCCUAUAGCCACACUGGCCGUAUCAUCCCGGCGAUCUGGUUCCGCUAUGACCUCAGCCCCAUCACGGUCAAGUACACGGAGAGAAGACAGCCCGUGUACAGGUUCAUCACCACGGUCAGUGCCCGGCCCCGCCUGGCCUUGUUAACCCCCAGCCUGCGCCGCCGGGCCCCAGGGAUGCUGGGAAAUAGGACAAGAAAGACAUCAGUGUCCAGGGUGUUUCUCGCGCAGCUUAUUUUCCAGGUUGAAGCACAUCUUGGCAUUCUCCAGUUACUUUAUUACACUUUAUACUUUACGCUCCGCCAGGAAAUUGCUCCUCCAAAGAAAUCAGGAGAUUAUAAGUGA